AAUCAGCAGUUGACGCUUUGCUUGAAGCCAUAUCGCCGGCUUCAGCUGGUGACCAUGCCUGAGGAGCCGCCGGAGAAGCGCCGGAAAGCGGAGUGGCCGGCCUUUGGCAGCGGCGUGGGCGAGAGCCGGUCUUCGGAUGGAUCCGCACGGGUCCGUGUGGAGGUGGCGGACGCCACGGGCAGAGAACCGCCGCCGGCGGGGCCCAUUGCCUGCGGACUCGGGUUUUUGGACCACAUGGUGGACCAGCUGAACUCCCACGCGCAGCUGCGGAUCUCUUUGCAGGCUUGGCUGGGGGAUGAGCUCGUGGUGCCCCGCUCCAAUUGCGCCUAUGAGGGCUGCGAUGCUGAGGUGGCUCGGCUGGUGGGCUGCGCCCUUGGCAGGGCCUUGCGGGAGAUGCUGAAGGAGAAGCUGCCGGCGGGGAGCUUCCGGUUUAUGGUGCCGCUGGACGAAGCCCUCACGGAGCUGGAGCUGGACUUUUCGCGGGCCGGCGCGCCGGCCGAGAUCUCGCUGGCGCCCUUCGGGAGGUUCCCCAAGGGCGGGCGGGAGCGGAUCGGCGCCUUCCGCACCUGCCUCACGGAGGUGGUGCUGGGCGCCCUGGCCACCAGCCUGGGCGUCUUCUUGAAGGUGCGGAAGAUCCGGGGGGACAAUGCCCACCACAUCGUCGAGGCAACCUUCAAAAGCCUGGCACGGUGCCUGCGCUGUGCCAUGGACGCCGCCUGCGGCUUCGUGCCCGCGCUUGCCGCGCCCGCGCGGCCAGCCGCGCCGAAAACGGCGCGGGCGGCGCGGAGGCGGCGGGCGACCAAGGAGACGAGCAUCGACAUCCACCUGGACCUUGAUGAUGUGCAAACUGCGAGUGAGAUCGCCACGGGGCUGGGCACCUUGGACGCGCUGCUCGCGGAGCUCUGCCGCGGCUUUCGUCUGACGGCGCAGUGCAGCGGGGACACCUGGAUCGACGAGCACCACAGCGCGGAGGACGUGAUGAUCACGGUGGGACAGGCGACGGCGGAGGCGCUGGGGCCGAAGGCGGGAUGCUGCCGGAUGGCCUGGGCUGAGCAGCGAAGCGGCGCAGCGGAGGUCCUUUGCGUCAUGGACCUCUCCAACCGCCCAUCCUUCUGCAGUGACUUGCAGCUGGACGAAGAGAUGGCUGGGGACCUGCCUUCUGAGAUGGUCCACCACUGCUUCGAGUCCUUUGUCACAAACGCGCUGAUGACUGUGCACCUGGUGCAGGUGAAACCCGGGGGCGCCAAGGACCUCGCCUUGGCGGCCGCCAAGGCCACCGGCGAGGCGCUGAAGCAGUGCAUCGCCAUCGACCCGCGGCGAGCGGGGGCCACGGCCAGUUCCAAGGGCACGCUGUCGAAGUGAAGAGAGGACUUGUCCCCCGCGGAGC